AUGACAACCGUGAUCGAAACCUGCCGUAUUCCGCCGCCACAAGGCGUCGCCGCCGAGCUGUUCCUCCCCCUCUCCUUCUUCGACAUGUCUUAUCUUGAUUCCAAUCCGAUGUACGUCCUCAACUUGUACAAUCAUCCAUGUUCCGAAGCUGAAUUCUCCAACACCAUUGUUCCGAACCUCAAACACUCUCUCUCUCUCACUCUCCAACACUAUCUCCCCGUCGCCGGAAAUCUCCUCUACCCUCUCCACACCGACACCGACGCCUCAAAGCCCGUUCUCCGCUACAUCUCCGGCGACACAGUAGCGCUCACUAUUGCCAUCUCCAGCCUUGACUUCAACGAUCUCGUCGCGAAUCACGCUAGAGAAGCGGACCAAUUCUACGACCUCGUGCAGCCGCGGGCGCCGCUGGCUGAGGAAGAGAAUUACAAAAUUGCCCCUGUGAUCUCACUCCAGGCGACUCUCUUUCCCGGCCGCGGAAUCUGCAUCGGUGUGAACUUCCACCACAGCCUCUGCGACUGGAGAUCCAUCGUCGGAUUCGUCAAGGCGUGGGCCAUGGUCAACAAAUCCGGCGACGACGAGGCUUUGGGCGAAUCUCCGCCGGUUUUUGAGAAACCGGACUCGGAAGCUUCAAGAAGAGUCCAUGGAAUAUUCUGGAAUGCAAUGAAGAAGAUUCCUUUCAAGACGGUGGUGCCUCUCCCACGGCCGACUAACAAAGUGAGAGCUUCAUUCAUCCUCCGCCAAUUCGACAUAAAAAACCUCAAGCAUCGGUUCUUAUCAGCGAGGCCGAGCCUAGACCGAGUCUCCACUUUCACGGUUGCGGCAGGGUACAUCUGGACCACGCUGGUGAAGUCCCACGGCAGCAGCGCGGAAGAUAAACACGAGGUGUUCUAUUUUCCGGCUGAUGCGAGAGGGCGGCAGAACGCGCUGUUCGAUCCGCCGGUUCCGGUGAAUUACUUCGGGAAUUGCUUGGGUGGUGGGUUGGUGAAAUUGGAGCAACGGAAACUGGCGGGGAAUGAUGGAUUUGUGGUGGCGGCGGAGGCGAUUGGUGAUGUGAUCAAAGCUAAAAUCUACGACGGAGAUGAGUUUCUUAAAAGGCCGGAAGAUCGGCUGGGGAAGAUAGAUGAGAGCGUGGUCGGAGUUUUGGCGGUGUAUGGUUCGAUCAAGUUUGAAUGUAAGGAGGCGGAUUUCGGAUGGGGGGUGGCAAGGAAGGUGGAGAUGCUGUCGUUGGACCGAGAGGUGUUGAUUGGGAUGUUGAUGAGUAACUCCGGCGACGGUGGUUUGGUUAUCGAUUUGUCGCUGCCCAAGGAGAGGAUGGAGUCUUUUGCUUCUAUAUUUCAAGAUGGCCUAACGGUGUUAGAGAAAAUAAUGGAUGUAAUCCACAAAACCUAA